AUGGAAUUGGAAGGUGAUCAUCAAAGUAAUGGAAUCCGAAGCAGACCAAAUUUCCCUCUUCAGCUUUUAGAAAAAAACAACAUCAUCGAACAUGUCUCCGAAGAACAACCUUGUUCAACCACCGCAAACGACGGUUCUUCUACUGCAAUCGUAUCACCAGACCAACAGAAAAAGCCACCGCCAAAGCGGGCCUCGACGAAAGAUCGGCACACGAAGGUCGAUGGACGAGGCCGUCGGAUCCGUAUGCCGGCGGCCUGUGCCGCGAGAGUCUUCCAGCUCACGCGUGAGCUGGGACACAAAUCCGACGGCGAGACGAUCGAGUGGCUACUUCAACAGGCUGAGCCAUCGGUUAUAGCCGCAACGGGAACAGGAACAAUCCCAGCGAAUUUCACGAGUCUUAACAUCUCUCUUAGAAGCUCUGGUUCAACUAUGUCUGCUCCAUCGCACUAUUUUAGAGGUAAUUACUUCAACCCUAGCUCAUUUUCCACGGCCGCCGCGGCGGCUCAGCUUCGAAACCGCGUUGAAUGGGAUAGAACUAUGAACAUGAACGUUGUAGCGGAAGAUUCUAGAAGAGCUAACACUGUGUUAGAGAAUCCUUCUUCUUUAUCAGCGAUUUUGAAUUUCAACAACGUGCAAAAUGCUAUACUUCAAGCAAAACAAGAGCUGCGGGAUGAAAAUACUACCUCCGUAGGAGGCGGCAGCGGAGGAUUUGAAUUGUUGGGUACUGAUUCUGACGGAAGUAUAGGGAGAAAAAGAAGGUCGUCAUCAGAGCAAGAAUUGUUAUCACAAAAUAUGGGAAGCUAUUUGUUACAAUCAAAUGUGGGGUCACUUCCUUCAAGCCAUGCUUCCAAUACGGCAGCGUUUUGGAUGGUAACCGGUAAUGGGAACCAAAGUGCUAAUAGUGGUGGUGGUAAUGGUAAUGGAAAUGGAAAUGAUCCAAUCUGGGCAAUUCCUUCUGUUGCAAAUAAUGGCUUAUAUAGAGGUUCUAUGUCUUCUCCUAACGGAAUUCAUUUCAUGAAUUUUGGUUCUCCAAUGAAUCUAAUGCCAGCAAGUCAAUAUGGUUCUGGAAUCAUUGGCGGCAGCGGAGGAAGCGGUGGUAUUCUGGCUGAAAGCAAUUUAAAUAUGCUUUCAGCCAUGAAUGCCUAUAGGCAUAUUUCUGCAAAUGGUAUGUCCGAGUCCUCCGGACAACACCACGACGGAGGUGGAGGAGGAGAUGACGACGGACAUGACUCAAGCAGUCAACACUCUUAA